AUGAAACCGAGAGUGAAUCUGGUCGCGAUUUUAUUAACUCUGAGCUGUGUAUUACGCGUGUUGGAUGGCUUGAAGUCCGACGACAAGCGUACAAACCACAAGGAGUACUCUGUUGUGAAAAAGGUUAUCAAGGAGGUUCACAACAAGAUUGCACCAAACAGUGUGGCUGUUCUACGCGGUGAAGAUAAAACGAAAGUGGUGAAGACAAGGAAUACUGGUUUGGGUUUGUCGAAAGAUUACCUACAUACACCAGAUCGUCCUCGCCGAAGGAAGCGGAAAAUGGACCGUACGAUGAUGGCGCUGUUAAUGGCCUACAAGCUGAAGUUCGUUGCUCUGAUUCCAACGAUGAUCGGAGGGCUAAUACUGUUGAAGGCCACCGCGUUGCUCGCGGGCUUCUUCUUCGCGCUAUUCGCCGCGGUUCUCGGUCUGAAAGUGAAGUGA